ACGCUCGCAGACUUGAAACAAAUAUGGUUGCUUGCUGUCAAACCGUAUGGCUUUCCAUACUCUUUAGUUUAAAAUAAACGUUUUCACCAAAGAAGAGUUAACGUGAAAAUGGCUCACCUAAGUAAAAAUCCUGCCGACAAAGAAAGGUUCAUAUGCAUUUAUCCUGCAUUCAUCAAUAGUAAGAAGACUUUAGCUGAAGGUCGGCGAAUACCAACAGAAAAGGCUGUGGAAAACCCAACAUGUGCUGAGAUCCGGGAUGUCCUGACAGCUGCUGGAAUGAAUGUCUAUGUGGAGAACAAAAUGUACCCUAGAGAAUGGAACAGGGAUGUUCAGUUCAGAGGGAGAGUACGUGUGCAGCUCAAACAGGAUGAUGGAACCCUAUAUAAUGACAAAUUCCCAUCCCGCAAAGAUGUUAUGUUUUAUGUUGCUGAGACGAUCCCUAAAUUGAAAUCCAGGACUCAGAAAGGUGGCGGAGGGGACACUAGUUCACAACAAGGUGAAGGAGGUAAAAAAGGCAAGAAGAAGAAGAAGUAAUUCUGCUCAGUGUUUGCUUAUUGACAGCUUAAGGCUGAUAUUUAAUUUGAACCGUUUGAAGAACAUUAAUUUUCCAAAUUGCAGCUAUAUAUACCCAGAUAAAUCCCUGGCCCAGUCAAUAUUAUAUACUGCUUUUUUCAGUAAAUUAUGUUGCCCCAGACAUCCGCUUGUGUGCCAUGAACUGGAUAUGUUUAAUAUAUUAUUAACUGAAUGAAAUGUUUUGUGUUUUGACUUUUUUUGAUUUUGUAUUUUUAAAUCUGUUGCUGGAAUUUUUUGGAUGAUUAUGUUGUGUUGCACUGGGCAAGAGACUAGUACUCUAAUGCUAUGAAUUAUGUUUCUGGUUUGGGAUGCUUGAAAGUAAAAAUAGAUUUUC